AAAAUCGACCAAGGGGGGAUUUGCCUCCAGGAAACUGCUCUGCACUUUUCUUCCUCGCAAAUUGCUCUGAAUUGUUUAAGCUUUGGUUGGGUUGAUAUAUGGUUGAGCCAUCAGUGAUGUCAAGGGGAGGAGUGUUGUUGUUUGAUCCAAUUGUCGCGCCUACUUUCCCACUGUCUCCAACAGCUUUGUUGUUUGUUGGCAGCUAUAAGUAGCAGCAGGCACUUCUCCAGUAUUCUGUCCCCCCAUUAUUUUUCUUAAUUUAGAGCUGAGCUGCUUGUCACUUGCUUGCAUUCUACAAAAUAUAAUCCAGGUGCCUCUUUGUGCCCAUCGUACAUUUUUGCAGCCUGGCUGUACCUGCUUGUUCCUGCUGCCUGAUUAGCACAGCUUCCCUUUGUCUUGUGUUGGGAGGGAUUCAGUCAGCAGAGCCAGAUCAGGGAGCACUGCUAAUCUGGAUCGCAUCAACAAUCGGUAGCAAUCAUGAAGCAACAAGUUCUGAGCAGCAACGGCCAUGGCAGCUGCAGGGUCUCCUCCUCCUCGCCUUCGCCGUCUCUGGCAGCCGCGCGAACGCGGGGGACAUCAAGACCCAAAGCCAAACAAGCUGAUCCUUCUCCUCCAACGACUCCAGCUCCAGGAGUGAAGUCCAGGCCAAGAACCACCACCACCACCACCACCACCACCACCAUGGCAGCAGCGAGGAGGCAGCUGCCUGUGCCUGCGCCUGUGAGGAGGGUGAACACCAAGGACAAGAACAAGGAGUCGGAGACAGUCGAGGAGGAGGUGGUGCGCCUGCGCGGGGAGGUGGAGGCCAUGCGGAGGGAGGUGCAGCGCCUGCUCCGCCUCAACGCAGACCUGCAGCAACACCGCAACACCCAGCUCCAGGUGCAGCAGAGCAAGGCCAUCGUCAGCAGCGAUCUGUCGCGGCCUCCCAAUCCCCCGCCGCCGCCACCCAAGAAAAUUCCAGGAGGAGUCCCAGCACCGCCGCCGCCUCCUCCUCCACCGCCGGGGCAGCAGCAGCGUGGUCCUUCAAGGGUAUGCCUGGUGAACAAGGCCACUGCGCUGCUUGACAUGUACAGCUCGCUGACCAAGCAUCAGCGUGACACACAGAGGAGAACAAGCGCUGCCGCCGCUCAGGCUCAGGCUCAGGCUCAGCACAGCAGCAUUGUUGACGAGCUGCAGAACCGCUCCACGCACUUGUUAGCGAUCAAAGCGGAUGUCGAAACAAAAGCCGAGUUCAUCAACGAUCUCAUCAAGAAAGUCCACACCAGUAUCUACACCGAUGUAGAGCAAGUAGUCACCUUCGUGGAUUGGCUGGAUCAGCAACUUUCAACUCUGUCUGACGAGACAGCCAUCUUGAAGCACUUCAACUGGCCAGAGAGGAAAGCUGAUGCAUUGCGGGAAGCGGCAUCCGAAUACCGACAUCUCAAAUCUCUUGUAACAGAUAUCUCUUCCUUGAAUGAUGAUGGUAGCCCUACAUCCUGUGAGGCCACUCUCAGGAAGAUUUCAAGCUUGCUAGAUAAAUUGGAGAAGGGCAUGAACAGAUUGGUGAAUUUGAGGAGCUCAGUGAUGCCGUCCUACAAGGAGUUGAGCAUUCCAACUGACUGGAUGCUUGAUUCAGGGAUCGCUUCAAAGAUGAGAUUGGCAUCAGUGAAUCUGGCGAAGAUGUAUAUGAAGGGAGUCCUGAAGGAACUGGACAGCAGGGAUACAGCAGGGAACGAGCCUGCUCUGGUUGCUCAGAGCGUGCGCUUCACCUACAGGGUCCACCAGUUUGCUGGAGGCCUCGACUGCGAAGCAAUCCACGCUUUUGAAGAGCUAAGACGGCGGGUUCGGCCGAUCUCUUCUCCUUAACCUCUACAUCUACAUCUCUAUUCCUCUUGUUAACAAAACAAUAUGUAGCGCCUGAGUAUUUUCUUUAUUUUAAAUGGCAGAGUGAAAUCUUGAGUGAUUGAACACUGUUUAAAUGUAAUGUUGUAUUUUCGAUAUGUAUAAAAAAAAUCUGGCUAUCUACUAAUUUCAUUUUAUCCUA